AUGGCGACUGUGGCAGAUGAAAAUCGCUUUGCACGAGUCACACCGGACAAUCAUGCUGGGUCUCUCUGGAUCGCUUCUUUACUAUGCUUGGUCUACUCCAUCAUGACCUUGGCGUUAAGGGCACACCUGAGAUGGAAGAUGUUUGGGAUGGACGACUACCUUGCAGUCGCUGCUGUGAUUUUCCAUGUCGGUGAGGUCGCGGCGACAAUAGUUGGCCUAGAUCAUGGAUUAGGACAAUCAGAAGAGCUAUUGAGCCGCAGCGAACUUGCAGAGGCCAGCAGGUCUGCCUUUGCUGCCCAAAUUUUGUUCAUGCUAUCAGCAGCAUUUGCAAAAGCCUCGACAUUAUUCCUCAUGAUGAGGCUGUUCAACCUAAGCGGCCCAAAAUCACAGAGUGAAACGAGGUCAAGGUCGCUGUAUAUAUUGGCUGUGACGAUUCUUGCGGUCGUAGGACUUUGGGCUCUCUUGUCAAUUGUGGCGGUUUCAGUCCAGUGCACGGUCAGCGACUUCAUCCUAGCCGACCAAGCCCAAUGUUCGCAUCAGUUUUUGCGAUGGCAAUUGAUCACAGCUUUUGACGUGGCAACCGAGUGCAUUCUCGUGAUUGUGUCAAUCAUGAUCGUCUGGCCUGUUCAACUUCUAUUCGCGCUGAAAUGCCAAGUUGUUCUUGCAUUUGCUUUCAGAUUACCUGUUGCAGCCAUUUCAAUUGUCCAUCUCAAAUACGUCUCGGACUACACGAUCUCCAGUAACCCGGGUAUUGCCCUCGUUCCAGUAUUGGUUUUGCAGCAAGUCCAGCUGAGCUGGUCUCUUAUUGCGGCAACCAUCCCGAACCUGAAGUCCUUCGUCAAGAGCUUCAGCAGCGGCUUUGGAAUUCAGCUCGACCCAUCGCUCACAAAUGCUUACGGAUCGGGUCGAAACGGUCGUGGCACUGGGUAUGAGCUUGGAUCCAUACGGCCAAAUGGAACCUCAAAAUCAAGAUCUGGAACCGGGUCAUAUAACGACAUUGAAAGACCAACAGCACUGCCACAGCAGAUGCAAGACGAUGGAAAGAAUCACCCACACGCGAGGGAUCAAGAGUCAAUCACCAGUGCAGGAAGCCAAGAUCACAUUAUUCGCAAAGAUGUUCAGUGGAAGAUUCACUAUGAGACCAAUAAUGGCAGAACUUGA